AUGGUAGAGCGCUCGCUUAGCAUGCGAGAGGCACCGGGAUCGAUACCCGGCAUCUCCAAGUCCCGGCAGCUUGUCGUCGCAUUUGCUUUGUUAUCUCGUUCGUUUGCUUUCACGUCGCGCUCUACGCCUUCCUCUCCUGCCGCGGAGGUGAAAGUCAAUCUCCUCUACAAGAAGUCCGAUCGCACUGUUCCCUUCCUCGAGGCAAAGAAAGACUUCGUUGAUCUCCUCAUGAGCUUUCUCGUGCUUCCGGUGGGGUCUGUGAUCAGGCUCCUGCGAGCGGGCAACACUGUGGAUACCGGUGUGAAUAGCGCCAUGGUGGGCGGUGCUGCGAAGCUGUUUGAGACCAUCGAGAAGAUGGAUCAGUCGAGCAUGGAAGUUAGCAAGACCGUUCUCACCGACCCGGUGACGGAUGCUUCCGCGUUUCGGGGAGGAAAGAUUCUUACCUUAGAAGGGCCGGAUUCCACUGCUCCGGUCUACAAGUGUGGGCGUCAAAACUGCUGCAAUUUCAGCGCUGGCAGUACACACUUCUCAUGCCAUCCUGAUUAUUCUCAUCAAGUGCUGAAGAUAGGAAAAUCCCCUCAAACUACUGGCUACGUCAAGGACAAUGUGAUCUUCAUGAUCACUGACGAGCUCGAAGUCUACCCGACUUCCACGAUCAAGAGCAUCGUCCUGCUCAACACGCUCAAGGUGAAAACUAUGGAGGUCAGCGUGGGCGUUAACGAGGUAAAUUCUCAGUUUCUUCUUUUUGUUCUUCCAUACUUCCCUGCUCAAGGCGUCACUGGUUUCAAAGACUGUGCUCAACGACGUCUUCAAACCUUACGUACAGCGAUCUUAUUUUACUUCCUAGAAUAAUCAUGCCAUGGUUUUGAAAUCUUGUUCUUCUUCUUAGUUCGGGAAGGCAUUCAACACUAAA